AUGUCUUUACAUUUUGCUUUCAUGCCAUUUAUUGUUUGGCAAUGUCUGCCUUUUCCACAUGGUUUGGGAUUAGCAAAGUUAGAUCCACAUGAUAUUUCAUAUAUGAAAAUUCCAUCGGAAGAACACGCCGUUCUACUAUCGUAUCCGCAGGAAACUUCCUCUUGUGAAGUUGCGUCAUAUCGGGGUAUUACCACGGCAUUUAUUGUUAUCAGCAAAAUGAGAAUUGCCGUUGUGAAGUUAAUUCAAAAAGAUGAAGAUUUGAAUAAGAUGCCAAUUACGACAAGGCGUAUAUAUUUGGAACAUUUAAAAAUCAAAGGAAUAUUACACCUAAGAGGAGUCAUCGAACUUUGGGAGACAGAACACAUGGAUCAUAUUCAUGGGAAUAGAGGGAAAAAAUGGACGAAAUUUUUUGAAAAUAAAGAAAAUUUAAAAAUAUUUCAGAAUUUUUGGUCAAAACCGGAUGACAUAGAUAUCGAACGAGCAGUAGAUGAGAUGCAAAGCUUUUACAAGUUUUUAUCAGAAAAGAUUCAUAUAUCACCAAGGGAUGAAUUUGUGGAAUGGAAUCGUGACAUGUUAACGCCAGUUCGAAAUAAAAUUGCCGAAUACAUGUGUAAAUCAUUGAAUAUUGAUUACCGUGUAAUUAAAUCUGCCGACUUCGAUCAUAAAAACCGAAAAUAA